GUGACAUAAUCAACCUCGCCUAUCAUUGUGACCGUACGGAUACACCCAAGAAAUGCUGCUCGGCCUGCUGGCGACGAUGAUUUCUGCCGGGCCCCAUGCGGCCUACGAGGAUGAAAUCUACUUCGCAACUGCUGCUCCGUCGUCUUCGCUGUCUCCUCGCGGAUUCUGGACACUACUGGGCGUCGUGAUUGUCGUUCUAUUGGUAUUUUCCUUCCUUCUGGCAAAUGUCGUCGCCUGGUGCAUGCAACUGCGUCGCGAGCGCCGCAUUCAGCGUAAAACGGAGGAAUUAGCAGCUAAGUCCAAGGAAGCCGGGGCUCCAUCCGUGCCUGUGACCAUUCUAACAGGCUUUUUAGGCGCCGGGAAGACCACGCUCCUCAAUCGGAUUCUCCUAACCGAGGACAAGCUGCCUUACAAGAUUAUGGUGCUGGAGAACGAACUAGGUGCCGUCAGCAUCGACCACACACUGUUAGAGGCUGGGGGUAAGGAGAAGGACGGGAUUUACGUGUUGCAGAAUGGCUGCAUGUGCUGUACUGCUCGAGGUGGCAAAGGGAAGGGCGGAGACGAGCUGGAACGUAUCCUGGACUAUCUACUGCAGUUGGUGCAAGAGCAGAGCUUCGACUACCUUAUAGUGGAGACCACAGGUCUGGCAGACCCGGGGCCUAUUAUUGAGACCUUCUUGAGACUCAGAGCGUCGAGAUUUAGACUCGACGCUAUUGUCACGAUGGUGGAUGCCAAGGCAACGCAGAGAUACUGGAAGCAGAAUGAAAGGUAUGAAUUCCCUAUUGAACUCCAACGACAGGCAUUGUAUGCGGACAUUAUCGUGAUGAACAAGGUGGAUGUGGCUACCAAGGACGAAUGUAAGAGACUGGAGAAGGCACUAACGGAGAUUAACGAGGAAGCCACGGUUUGUAGCUGCGUGAAGGCUGAUAUCGACUUGGGCAAGAUCUUGAAUGUCAAGACGUUCGAUGCAGUGCGCUUCAAUGCGCAGAGCGAUGCAGCUAAUGGAGUCAAGCGAAGUGUGAAGGCACGUGGGCAACAUACAGGAGGCAUUAGCACGGUGCACUUCGAAGUCGAACGCGACGUGGACGUUGCUGCGUUUGGCGAGUGGCUUUCUGAAGUGGUCACUCGAUAUGUGAAGGGAGCAGACGUGUUACGUGUGAAAGGUGUACUUUCAGUUGCUGGAGACGCUGAAGACCGCAGAUGCAUCGUACAAGGUGUACUGGACACGUAUACUAUCGCUCCUGGGUUACCCUGGGAAGCUGGAGAGCAGCGAGUCUCGCGUUUAGUGCUCAUCGGUCAGGGGCUCGACCGUGAUGAGCUAGAGCGCGGCUUCCAGAAUUGCCUUGUCGAUAACAGCGCUGGCAGUGAGACCAAGAAGGAGCGGUGAAUCGGUUAGGAAGAGUUUUUUUGUUGGAGGUGGUUAUCGCAACGGAGGCAAUGACUACAACUUGAAGAUGAACCUGGUAUUGAUCUCCACCUCCAGCAAUCGAAUUUAUCAGUCAAUUUAGCUUAUCCCGCACUGUCAAAUUCGCAGCUAGAAAAGAAAAACUACAG